CUGCACCGCCGUGACUGAUCCUGGACCUGGAUGCGCCGUGCAACCUGCCUUUUCCAGCGCUCAGUCUCCUUUCCAAGCGCAGUGUUCAGCUCAUCGGGGAACGAUGCUCUGUGUCUGGGUAGAAGAAUUCUCCUCUGCGCUUCAGCUGGGUGAUCGGAGAAAGUGGUCAAUGUGACAUUGCUUCUAUGCCGUGUUCAGUUUAUUGUUCUGGUCCUGGACGCAGACCAGCUAAUCGUGUAAGAAGAUGUUGAGUCGAUUCAUGAGUGGCAGCAUCAGGAAUUUGGACAGAGAAUACAACUGCACCGUCAGACUUCUGGAUGAUACGGAGUAUACCUGCACGAUUCAGAGGGAUGCCAAGGGACAGUAUCUGUUUGACCUGAUCUGCCACCACCUGAACCUGUUGGAGAAGGACUACUUUGGCAUCAGAUAUGUGGACCCGGACAAGCAGCGGCACUGGCUGGAGUUCACAAAGUCCAUCUCGAAACAGAUGAAAUCCCAGCCUCCCUUCACCAUGUGUCUGAGGGUCAAGUUCUACCCGCCAGACCCUGCCGCGCUCAAGGAGGAAAUCACCAGGUAUCUCGUCUUCCUGCAGAUCAAGAGAGAUCUGUACCAUGGCCGCCUCCUGUGUAAGACCUCCGAUGCUGCCAUGCUGGCUGCCUACAUCCUGCAAGCUGAGAUCGGGGACUAUGAUCCGGGCAAGCACCCGGAGGGCUACAGCUCCAAAUUCCAGUUCUUUCCCAAACACUCGGAGAAGCUGGAGCGCCGGAUUGCCGACAUCCACAAGACUGAACUCAUGGGGCAGACUCCAGAGACAGCUGAGCUCAACUUCCUGCGGAAAGCCCAAAUACUGGAGACGUACGGUGUCGACCCUCAUCCAUGCAAGGAUGUGUCUGGAAACCCCGCCUUCCUUGCCUUCACUCCGUUUGGCUUCGUCGUGCUUCAGGGUAACAAGAGAGUCCAUUUCCUCAAAUGGUGCGUCCAUGAGCACGAGGUGACCAAGCUGAAGUUCGAGGGAAAGACAUUCCAUAUAUAUGCAAAUCAGAAGGAGGAGAAGAAGAUCAUCCUAACGUACUUCGCCCCGACGCCGGAGGCCUGCAAACACCUGUGGAAGUGUGGAGUGGAGAACCAGGCCUUCUACAAGCUGGAAAAAUCGAGUCAGGUGCGCACGGUGUCCAGCAGCAACCUGUUCUUCAAAGGGAGCCGCUUCCGUUACAGUGGGAGAGUAGCUAAAGAGGUGAUGGAGCAAAGCGCCAAAAUCAAGAGGGACCCGCCAGAAAUACACAGAGCUGGCCUGGUGCCCAGCAGGAGCUGCCCGUCCAUCACCCACGGCCCGCGCCUCAGCAGUGUACCACGCACCCGCCGGAGAGCCGUACACAUAUCCAUCAUGGAGGGUCUGGAGUCCCUCCGUGACAGUGCCCAUUCCACGCCGGUGCGUUCCGUCUCCCACGGCGACUCCUUCAUGACCCGCUCGCGCAGUCAGGCGAUGGAGGCCAGCGGCGGCAGUGGCGAGGCGGUCAUCUCGGACGAGGCCUACUGCCCAUCGGACAGCGUGCUGCCCACGCCAGUGGCCGAGCACAGCAUGGAGCUGGCCGUCUCGCGCCAGGUCAACGGUGCCCCCUGCAGCAUCGAGGAGGAGAAGGAGUCGGAGGCCGGCACCCCGUCCAUGGGCGAGGCGGGCGACCUCGGGCCGGACGGUAGGGCCCUGGUGUCCGGGCUGGGCGCGGGGGUGGGCCUCUCCUCGCUCAGCGAAGCGGAACAGGUGAAUAAGUUUGUUUUAAGUGUCCUCCGCCUGCUCCUUGUGACCAUAGGGCUCCUCUUUGUCUUGCUUCUCCUCCUCAUCAUCCUCACCGAGUCCGACCUUGACAUUGCAUUUUUACGUGAUAUCCGCCAGACGCCCGAGUUUGAACAGUUCCAUUACGAAUACUUUUGUCCCCUCAGGCGGUGGUUUGCCUGCAAGCUCCGCUGGGUGGGCGGGCUGCUCAUUAACGACAAGUGAGCGUGUGCGGCCCUCGGGGGUUGGAGGCGCGGCGCGGCGCGCACCCAGCCCGUAAAGCGUAGCGAGCCCGUUGGUGGGGGGUGGAGAAGACACUAAACGCAGCGCCGGAGAGAUGGAGGGGGAACUCCCGCCCCCGUCCCGUCCCGUCCCGUCCCGCUCUGCUCCGUCUGUCCCAACCUUCGGCUUCUCUCAUGAUCCGUCCUGCAGACUCGCGGCCCCCUCUCUCUCCUCUCUCCACAACGGACUGCCGACGCUGCACCAGGAGCUCACCAUUUUUCUCCUUUUUCGUUUUUUGUCUCCCCCCCACCACCACCCCACCUCUUGCGUUUUGUUCUCCUUCGUUUGUUGGUUUUUUACACUCUUCCAGUUUUACGUUUCUCCCCCGUCUUUUUUUCCGUUUGAAUUUUCUUUAAUAAAGACAGAGGAUGAUUUUUUUUUUCACGUUUUUUCCCCCUCUGUUGGGAUUUCAGGUCAUUGCAGGCAUUUUAUUUUUACAGAAAAAGUGAAAAAAAUAUGAAGAAACCAUAAAACUUACAAAGAACUAAAGAGUGCACUGUUCCUGUAUAGGGAUGAAAUAUUUUUGUUGCAACAUGAGACAGUUGCCUUCAUUUGCUAUUUAUUGUUUUGAGUAUAACUGAGAAAUGACAUAUUUAAAGAAUGUGAUGUGAGAAGGGUGGUCAUGUUGGUGUUUGGUGAAGAGAAGCAGAGAAAAGGAAUGGGGAAAGUGGAUGAUUGAGGCCAUUUUCUUUUCUUGUAGAAGGUGCAUCUUUUACCAUCAGUCACUCAUGGCAGCUGAACGUUUUUCUCUGUGAACAAGGCUGUUACGUAGGGAAGCAUACAAUAUAAAUAACCGCAAAUAACUCGACAAUUAACACAAAUGUACUAAAUUAUUACACUUGGACACAACAUUGUGAGAGCUGUGAGACUGUGCACGUUGUCUGAAGAGAAGUUAAUGGCCAGGGUCAGGACGUAAGAAGGGAUAGUUUGAGUGCUUUGAGAGCAGUUGGUUUUUGAGUAUUGUUUAGAAGAGGGAAUUGAGCAUCACAUAUACUUUUCUAGGAAUAUAUUUAUGUGUAAGCGGUAGCAAGCUGUGGAGUAGAAUUAUUAUUUUAUUUUUUUUAAGUAAAGGGUUUUAUAAAGGAUACCAUAAAAUAAAGCAGUAACAAUGGUGUUAUGUGAUAACUGUUAGAGAAGUGAAUAUGGUCGGUCUCUUGAAAACACCUAGCACCCAUAGAUCCAACCUAGCUAGAUGUGCAAUAUUGUAUAGUGAUGGUUUUUUUAGAGGAAUAUUUCAAGUCAAUUCUGAAGGUGUGCAUUUGCGUUAGCUUUGAUUUUUUUCUUUCAUUUUCACUCUUAUUGUCCUCAUUAUGAUAGGACUUUUUGAAUUUGAGAGAUGACUCCUUGUAUAAAGAAUGAAUGGUUUGUUUCAAUUCCAUAUCAGACAUUGCUCCUGAGUUUGUACUUUGUGAAUACCAUGCUACUAUUAAUUAUUAGAAUACAAUAACAAUGCUGUACUUUUUUGUACAAAGUAGUUAGUUUCCUAAUAUAUUGACAGUUUUUUCCAUGUAUAUUUUAACAGAACUGAAAUGUUAUUUUGUUAUUGAAGAUUAAAUUAUACCUUUUUUUAGCUCCGUGUUUCAGGUGAGUUGUAGAGUUUAUGGAAUAAUUGGAUGGAAUGAUAUUUAACAAGGCAAAAAGGACAGAUUUUCUUUUCUCCCUGGUCCACCUCUCACCAACCAACCUCUGUUACUCGAGCCAGCAGUGACACAGUUCUCUCUGUAUGCCAGACAUGCAAGUGGUGGCCUAAAAUAAAAACGUCAUAGCGACAGAGCAGACAGAAAGUUUAGCUGUCCAAGGAACACAGCUUAAGCAGCAAUCAAAAGAAAAAGAAAUCAACCAGUUCUGGACAGAGAGAGAGAGAGAGAUAGAGAGAGAAAAAGAGAGAGAGAUAGAAAGAGAGAGAGAGAGAGAGAGGGUUUGGGCUAUCAGGUGCCAAAGUGCUGUCAGCUUUUGGUUGAUACCUCAGUGCUGUGAUUUGGCUGCUGGUUGAUCGUGAUUGCUGAACUGAUGGAUGAAAGACAAAUCUGUUUAAACGUGUCUACUCCCAGUGUAAAAGUGUGUGUGUGUGUGUGUGUGUGUGUGUGUGUGUGUGUGUGUGUGUGUGUGUGUGUGUGUGUGUGUGAGGUUGAGAGCAAUUUUUGAGAGUUAUACGUGUAGCCCCCCCUAAAAUCUGUUUUAUGUGAGUGUGUUUAACUUAAAAGCUUAAUUUAAUGUGGAACACAGACAGAAAAAGGAAGAUUUGUUAGGUCUUAUUUUUGAAAUAGGGAAGACUGGUACACAAGGAGAUAUAAAGACUAGUGGGUGGAGAAGAAAAAAGGGCGAUUCGGGAACAAGGGACAUGAGAGGAAUGAUUUUAUGCCACUAAAGGCACAGGGCCUACAACUGAGAUAGGAGGUACAGGAAAUUAGGUCUCAAUCUGUACACUGUGACUGACACACGUCUCGUCCAAUAAGCCUCUGUCAAUCCUCCUGUUGGGUCUGCAAAAGUUAGCACAGUUUAGAUGGCGUGGUUGCAGCACGCUACAGCAACAGUAGAUUCCUGAAGUACUAGGAUGCCACUCAUGUAGUCUUGGUCUAACAGCAUUGUUUUAAACAUGAUACCCACCUGUUUCUGCCAUCCCAGUGUGCUAUCAGUGGGUCUGUGUAUAAAUAACAAUGACCGUCUCAACCAGUAAUGCAUAGCAACAGUCAACAUUUAUGCUAGUCUAAAUGCUAAUCCAUUACACAGCACACUACGGGCGACAUCAGUACAAAGGCACUUGCAGUGUCAGGUGGGGCCUGCGAGCUAUGUGUCCUUGCGGUUUGAUGUCGCCUCGGUCUGUCUUAAAGGUUCAAACUUUGGUGGACGUCUAUUAUAGACCCUCAUUCUGCCCACAAGACUUCAGCACCUAUUCUGUUACAGGGCUAUCUCAGCUACAACAACAAUUAACCAUAUUGUUUUUAACAACUGUUUCUGUGACCUGCUGAAGGGAAGAAAAGUUGUAUUGCACAAUAUGUGCUUUAGGUUUGUGAUAUGCUGUAAGGACUGUACACGCCACAGGAGAUGAAAACCUCUACAGAGAUUCGUGAGACAAACGUGCAUGCUUCUUACUUUUUAAAGUAUCAUGCAUGCAUAUCCAACAGCAAGUGCAACAGCAGAAUGGCUUGGGGAUGGUUUGAAUCCAACAGACUGCAAAUUAAGACAAUGGUGUCUUAACAUGACAUUUGUGUAUUAUUUAUAUUUGCUUAUGUUUUUCCCUUUCUUGAUGGACAAUAAAAACUGGAUUGUA